AUGAUCGAGCUGUACGGGUACAGUACAUUAUCAUACUCGAGCAAGAGUUUUAGCAUAACCCUAACCCUAAACUUGUCUUUUGGAACACUUUUUCUUCCUUCAUUAUCGGCAGCUCUCCCGCACUUUCCCUGCUCUACAUUGACAUCAUACACACUUCGAGAAUUCCUACGCCUUGUCACUGGAAAUUUAUCCCCAUCAAACCAUAUUGACAUAAGCGCGGUCCCAACUCGAACUGUCCCUAGCAUGAAAGUGAAAGCUCUUUCCCGAUCGUCCUUGACAUAUAGUCCUGCGGGAACAAAUGCCACCGUGCAACCCCGAAACCUGGAUCCUGAAAUACACCCUUUCGAAAGGGCCCGUGAAUAUACCCGAGCAUUGAAUGCGACCAAACUAGAGCGCAUGUUUGCGGCGCCCUUCAUCGCUCAACUGGGAAUCGGCCACAUCGACGGCGUAUAUUCGCUAGCAAAAGACAUACGUGCUCUCGACCGAAUAGCAUCAGGUUCUGGCGACGGUGAGGUCAAGAUAUGGGACUUGGCGGAUAGAAAGGAAAUUUUGACAGUUAAGGCUCAUGAGGGGAUUGUGAAGGGAUUGUGCUUUACAUCCGUCGGUGGGGACGAUCGAUUGUUAUCCUGCGCGAGUGAUAGGACGGUCAAGUUGUGGGAUCCACAAGGGGCCGGCGUUAGCUCGAACGUUCCCACUGCGACAUAUCUUGGGCCUGGCGCCUUCAAUGGGGUCUCACAUCACCGAGUGGAUCACACAUUUGCCACUGCAUCAUCUAUGAUAGAUAUUUGGGAUACCAGCCGUUCGAAACCGAUCACAACUCUCCAGUGGGGCGCCGAUACAAUCAAUACGGUCAAGUUCAACCAGUCAGAGACCUCCAUCCUUGCUUCGGCGGGAUCGGAUCGAACCUUGAUAUUCUACGAUCUUCGGACCUCGUCUCCGACGGCUAAAGUUGUCACAAGGCUACGGACGAAUGCCAUCUGUUGGAAUCCGAUGGAACCGUUUAACCUUGCUGCUGCGAGUGAGGACCAUAAUACAUAUAUCUUUGACAUGCGUAAGCUCAACAGAGCGUUGAAUGUCCUGAAGGAUCAUGUUGCCGCAGUCAUGGAUGUGGAUUAUUCACCUACCGGGGAAGAAUUAGUGACUGGUAGUUAUGAUCGGACUGUCAGAAUCUAUAGGGCCCGUGAGGGGCAUUCAAGGGACAUUUAUCAUACAAAACGAAUGCAACGCAUCUUCUCGGUCGCCUUUACAACUGACACUCGUUAUAUUCUUUCUGGGUCCGAUGAUGGGAAUGUCCGCCUCUGGCGGGCUGAGGCCUCCCAGCGCUCCCACGUACGCUCGGCCCGCGAGCGUACCAAACUCGAAUAUGAUAACGCGCUUAAAGAAAGGUAUAAGCAUAUGCCUGAGAUUCGUAGGAUAGCGAAGCACAGACACGUCCCUAAACCCAUAAAGAAAGCGGGAGAAAUCAAGAGGGUCGAGGAAGCUAGCCUCAAGAGAAAGGAGGAGAACAGGAGAAGGCAUUCGAAGAAGGGCCAAGCGCGGAGGAUUCCGCAGAGGGAAGCGAUGGUUAUUGCCCAAGAAUAAACGAGCGAAGCGUAGUGAGGGGGUGAAAAGGGGGAGGGCCAGCUCCAGCCAAAUGUAAAAAUAGAAAAGUUCAUGAUGAGGGCCCGGUGUAUGAUAAAUGAAAAAUAAAAUCUAUGUGAGAUGCGACACACAACACACCGGGAAGCUCUAGCAGAAAAA